ACGGAGCUCAGACACUCUCCUCCUCUUUCUCCUCCUCUUUCUCCUCAUCCUCUUCUCCGUACUCACCUCUCUCUGUCUCCAUCCACCCUGCAUCCAUAUGCGUCCUCUGGAUACCUACCUCUUCUAGAGCGCGUCAGGAUCAGUCCAUCUCCACAUGUCUCCACCUCCGCUGUGGUCCCUGUGUGUGCAGUGAUGAUGCCUGGCUAAAAGGCACUGCAGCAGCGUUUAUCUUCCAGCCUCAACGCGAGCUGAGUCGCGGACCGUGGAGUGACUCUGGUGCCGCUGCUGUCCUCUGAAGCGUGGCUCUGCGUAAUGGAUUUACUGUUGGCGCAGAAAAGUUGGAUUUAGUGAAGCGCUCCCUGAGAUGGACGGAGGAGCAGGUUGUUUUUAGAGAGAAAGAAGCGGCUGCUGGGGUUGGAUUCACACCGGGAGAGGAGAUGCUGAGAGCGUUGGUACUCUUCUUCCUAAUAGAAGAGGGUUUCGCUCUGGCACAGAGAUCUAAAGAGGUCCAGAGCGAACAUGGCGCCCAGAGCCCCAACCAGAAUGACUGUGGCACGUGGGUGCGUAACAUCAAUGGCGGGGUGUUCACGUCGCCGAACUACCCCAACACCUACCCACCCAACAAGGAGUGUACCUAUAUCCUGGAAGCUCUCCCUAGACAAAGGAUUCAGCUGGCUUUCGAUAAGAACUACUACAUUGAGCCCUCGUUUGAGUGCCGCUUUGAUCACAUAGAAAUCCGUGAUGGGCCGUUUGGGUUCUCACCGAUGAUUGAUCGCUUUUGUGGUGGAAAGAACCCGGGCCUGGUCACGUCAACGGGCCGGUUCAUGUGGAUCAAGUUCACCAGUGACGAGGAGCUGGAGGGCCUUGGCUUCCGCAUCAAGUACACCUUCAUUGCAGACCCUGAUUUCCAUCUGCACGUGGGUGGACUGCUAAACCCCAUACCAGACUGUCAGUUUGAAAUUGGCGGAUGGGAUGGGAUUAUUCGCUCUAGUCAGGUGGAAGAGGAAGAACGGGUGAAGCCUGGUGAUGCUCUAGACUGUAUCUGGACCAUCAGGGCUCCCCCUCAGUCCAAGAUCUACCUGCGCUUCAUGGAGUACCAGAUGGAACACUCUAAUGAGUGCAAGAAGAACUUUGUGGCCGUGUACGACGGCAGCAGUGCCAUCGAGAACCUCAAGGCCAAGUUCUGUAGCACCGUGGCCAAUGACGUGAUGUUGGAUAACGGCGUGGGAGUUGUGCGAAUGUGGGCCGAUGAGAAGAGUCGACUCAGCCGGUUCCGCAUGCUCUUCACUUCCUUUGUUGACCCUCCAUGUUCGGCCAGUUCGUUUUUUUGCCAUAGCAACAUGUGUAUUAACAACUCUCUGGUGUGCAAUGGGGUCCAGAACUGUGUCUACCCAUGGGAUGAAAACCACUGCAAAGAGAAGCGAUCAAAGGGGCUUUUCCAUCAGAUCACUAAGACCCAUGGCACUGUCAUUGGUAUCUCCUCAGGGAUCGUUCUGGUUCUUCUCAUUAUCUCCAUCCUGGUCCAAAUGAAACAGCCAAGAAAAAAGGUUGUAGCACGUCGACCCGGUGUUUUCAACAAAGCUGGAUUCCAAGAGGUGUUUGACCCUCCGCACUACGAGCUCUUCUCUCUACGGGACAAGGAGAUCUCCUCAGACCUUGCUGACCUGUCUGAGGAGCUGGACAGCUUCCACAAGCUGCGGCGCUCCUCCACCUUGUCCCGCUGUGUCCACGAGCAUCACUGUGGCUCACAAGGCUCCAUGGCCACUGGUGGUGGCAGUAUGAAGCACAGUCGCACCACCCUGAGCUCUAUGGAGCUGUCCUACCACAACGACUUCUCCAAGCCACCGCCCAUGAAGACUUUCAACUCCACGGCCAGCUACAAGAAGAGCUGCUACGGCUACAAGCAGCACUCACAGACUCACGACUGCGACCAGCAGGUCAUUGAGGACCGCGUCACGGAGGAGAUGCCAUGUGAGAUCUACGGCCGCGGUGGCGGAGGAGUGUUAGGAGGAGCCGCAGGUGGAGGAGCAAUGGGAGGCCCAUCAGGAAUAGCAGGAGGAGGAAUUGGAGGGCCAGUGGGGAUAACAGGAGGAUUGGCGAUGGGUGGAGGAAUGGGAAUGCCGGGUGGAGGAAUGGGAAUGCCGGGUGGAGUGGGCAUGGCAGGGCCAAGUGGCAUUGCUGGAGGUAUCGGUGGUGGGAUGGCGGGAGCCUGUGGAACCCUCAGUGUCCGUGGCAACAGCGCUCGUAACAGCACCACCAUAGUUGAUCCCCAACAGCGCUCCAUUUCCAUGGACUUCUAGAUGGAGAGGGGGGGAAGAGAAGCAGGAAGAGAAUGCAGGCAGAUCUUUGUUUUCACUCAUCAACAUGAAAUGGCAAAGAAAAGAGUCAUAAUAAUCUUAAACUGAUCGCUCCUGGUUCUUCUUUUAUUAUUUCUAUCCAAGCGGCAUUUGGUACUGUGGGUAAUUGGGGGAUCCUCUCCACACAGUCACAUGUGGAGAUUUGAAUGAGAGACAAGAAAUGAGGCACCAGAAGAAGAGAACCCCUGAGGAAACAAGUUGUUUACUUCUCCACCAAAUUGAAGGAUUUCACAUGCAGGAAGUGCGGAGACAUCUGCUAGCUUCUCCAGUCUUCUACCUGCUCAAUCUCUCCCUCCAUCAGAGACGUACAGGAGAAUGUUGUCGCAUGCAGAUCCAGACUUUUCUCUGCUCGGUCGCCUAAAAGACCAGGAAACCGAUCAAAUACUGGGAGAGAGAGAGAUAUGGAGAGACUGACUUUUUACAUGUAUUCACCUGCCAUGCACAGAUAUAUAUGAUAUAUAGUGCGUCUUCUAAUAAUUUAUUUGAGUCUUUAUUUUUGUCAGUGUAAUGUACUAUUAGAUCCAGUAUAUAUCCAGCCUCAUGAUGAUGUUUGGCUUUUAACUCUUUAAUCUUUUUUCAAAUGUUGCUCAGAUGAUUUUUAAUGAAAAUGACUUUAUCCAUGGUGUGGUGUUGAUGAUGAUGAUGAUGAUGAUGAUGAUGAUGAGUUUGAUGCUGAUCAGAAACCCGAUGAAGAUGUGAUAUUACAAUAAUUAUUAUGUAGUUUUCAUGCUUACCUCACACAUACACAGGAGGUACGCUCCAUCCAGUCUCUCCUCAGGAAGAGUACAUGAAGAGACUCUUAUUUUGGUAAGAAAUAGAAUUGAAGAAAAUACUAUUUCUGCUCUGUGAGCUUUAUAGCAUAUGGUCAUUCAGGCAAUAAGUAAUCAUUUAUUAAUUCUGCUUGGUUGUGGGGCCUGGACUGAAUCGAAAAUAGCAACCAUCCCACUCUCAGACCCCCGUCCCUUCCACCUUAUCAAGACAUAAUGUGAUUUCUCAAUUUCCCCAUGAACCGGGUGUUUAAAACAAGCACAACCUGUUUCCCUCCAGAGACAGACAUGUAGCCUAUGUGGGACUCAUUUAUUAUUUUAACCGCUGGUUGUAUAAUUUCAUUCUGUCGAAUUAAACGAGAGCUUACUCACCCAUGGGUUGAGCUGUUCUGUUCAUUAUAACCAAGAAAGAGCUGGAGAUGUCACGUUCGGGUAAGAUACAUAUCGUGACAUGAGGAUUGACAAGAAACAUUCUUACAAGGUGCUUUAGCUAACUAGAGUAACCACACUGCGGUUGGAUGCCUCCGCCGAACAGUGCUGUUUCUGUGUACAUAUUUCUACAUACUUUUUUUCUAGAUUCAUAUAAGGUUACUGUGACCUUUGACUGCUGAAACAUAAAUGCUUAAUCGUAAAAAAUCUGGGUCGAAAUGACAACUGGUCAAAAGUGAAAGAAAUUCCCUCAGGCAGUCUUGAUAUAUCACUUUCACGUGAAUGGAAUAGACAGAUGGACAACCCGAAAACGUAAUGCUCUUAUUAAAGAUAAAUGAUCUGAACAAAAAAUGAAUCGUUGGCAAGACUUUUAUAAAAAAUUUAGAUUUUUUGUUGUAUAAAAAAUUCCAGAGAUCCAGUGCAUUAAGUUGCCUUGAGUUUUUGAGUUUUAUUAAUUAAUUUUUUCCGUGUAAUGAUUUAUUUGUGUGUGAACCUUCUGAGUUCAAAUAAAAAGCUUUU